UUCGUACCUUGAAGAUGGCGGCUUCCACGAGCAACAUGGAUCGACGCGCUGACGAACGUGGUGGUGGAAAACGAGCAGGUUUUAGGAAAAAAUGGAACAAGGACAUGCCGAGGAAGUUCGACAACCGAGGAUCCAAGGAAUCCAUGAAGCUGUACAGAAAGAGGCAAACGCAGGGUCUCACGGAAAAGGAAGAAAUUGAGAGGUUGAAAGAAGCGUAUGAUACGUUUGACGUUAACACGGCAAACACAUUCAAAGAUUUCCCGCUCUCUACCAAGACACAACUGGGUUUGAAGAAUGCUGGCUUUGUCACUCCUACGGAAAUACAAAAGGAAUCCAUCGGGCUUGCCCUCAAGGGCUUGGAUAUUCUCGGAGCUGCAAAGACUGGCUCUGGAAAGACACUGGCAUUCGUCAUUCCAGUCUUGGAGAAGCUUUACCGUGAAAUGUGGUCUCGCUACUACGGUCUCGGCGCCCUGAUCAUUACUCCGGUGCGGGAGUUGGCGUACCAAAUCUUUGAGGUCCUCAAGAAGGUUGGCGUUCAUCACGACUUCUCGGCGGGCCUCGUCAUAGGCGGCAAGGACUUGAAGUUCGAGCGGAAGAGGAUGGACUCCUGCAACAUUGUGAUCUGCACUCCAGGUCGUCUGCUCCAACAUAUGGACGAGAAUCCUCUUUUCGACGCCACGCAGCUACAGAUUCUUGUGUUGGAUGAGGCUGACCGCAUUUUGGAUAUGGGCUUCCAGCAGAGCGUCAACGCCAUUCUGGAAAACCUUCCGGUCGAGAGACAGACUUUGCUUUUCUCCGCAACGCAGACCAAGUCUGUGAAGGACUUGGCGAGGUUGAGUCUCAAGAGCCCAGUUUACGUGUCUGUGCACGAGAAUGCAAAGUUCACUACUCCCGAAGCUUUGGUCCAGAGCUACACCGUGUGUGAUCUCCACAACAAGCUCAACCUCCUGUGGUCGUUCAUUCGGAGUCACCUAAAACAGAAGAUCCUGGUCUUCCUUUCUAGCUGCAAGCAGGUGAAGUAUGUAUACAGGGCAUUCUGUCGCAUGCGGCCCGGCAUGACCAUCCUGGAACUUCACGGCAACAUGUACCAGAUGAAGCGGAUGGCCGUCUACGACGAGUUCUGCCGCAAGCAAAGUGCCGUCCUGAUUGCCACCGACAUUGCGGCUCGUGGUCUUGAUUUUCCUGCUGUGAACUGGGUGAUUCAGCUAGACUGUCCUGAAGAUGUCAACACCUACAUCCACAGGGCUGGGAGAACUGCAAGGUUUGAGAAAGGUGGUGAAGCGCUGCUGGUCCUCCUGCCAUCUGAAGAGUCCAUGGCAGAACAGCUGACGGCUAGAAAAAUCCCCAUCAACAAGAUAUUAGUCAACCCGAGAAAGUUUGUGAACGUCCAAAGAAAGAUGGAAGCCCUGUGUGCUCGUGACGUCUCCUUGAAGGAGAGCGCUCAGAGGUGUUUUACAGCCUACCUGAAGAGCACGUUCCUCAUGAAGGACAAGUCUGUCUUUGACGUCAAGAAGCUGGACUUGGAGGCAUUUGCCAGGUCUCUUGGCUUGGCUGUGGCACCUCGGGUUCGUUUUCUGCAAAAACACCUGAAACAAGUUCAGGCAAAAGAAGAAAAAGACAAGGUUGCUCGCCGAGGCGACGCUUUGCAGCCGUCUCAUUCCACUGUGACAGAAGACCGCCUGGGUGGCGCAUCCCCGUCACCGUGGCGGGGCUCCGACACCAAGGCAUUCCAGUUCUACACGCAAGACGACAGCGAGGACUCUGACCUAGAGGACAUCUUCACGGUCAAGCAGAGGAUCACGUACGACUCGGAGGAAAAUGCAGAAGCAGAGCUGCCCGCCGAUGAGGAGCGGAAGAAGAAGAAACCCCUGACAAAAGCGGCAGUUGCUAAGAAAAUCCUAAGGAAGAAGCUCGUCGCCAACACUAAGGUCGCUUUUGACGAGGAGGGCAAGGUUAUUGAAGAGGGCGUGAACGUCCAGAAGGCAGACACGAUAAAGGAGCUGCUCAAGGAUGAGAAGACACCCUGUGGCAUUGACCUGGAGAUCUCCAAGAAGAUCCUGCAGGAGGAGGACAAGUUUGACAAGCAGCGCGACAGGGAGAGGGUCAAGGCAAUGCACAGGGCAAAGCGGUUGAAGCUGAGACAAGAGCGGAAGCAGGAGCAAGGUGAAGUGACUUUGGAUGCGGAGAGUGGUAAUGAGGAAGAGAAGGAAGUGGAAGGCAGUGAAGAGGAACAAAGCAACAAUGAAGACUCGAAAAGCGGGGAAGAAUCACACUCUGGUUCGGAAGACGCCGACACUGACGAAGAACGACUUCCCCAAGCAAGCAGGAGCAAACGGCCCUUGGGUGACAGGGAUAGCAAAGUGGCGUCAAAGAAAAGAAGAGUAAGCGAGGAAACUUCGGACGAGGAAAGCGAAGAAGACGAAUUGGCUCCCCUGGAUACAGGCCUUGACUUGCUGGGAGAUGAGGCUCUUGCCUUACACAUGCUUUCACACAAGUAAAGGGAGGCAAAGAGUUUUAUUUAAACAUCCUGUAAUAUUUUCUGAAUAAAUCGCUGUCUGUGCCAUU